UACUGCGCUGUCAUUAUGGAGAGGGAGGGACUGUGUGUUUGGCGCUCAAAGGCGCUCUGCUUUUGAACAGAGAACUGGAAAACUGGGAGACAGGGAGCCAUCUUUUGAGAGAGGUUGGAAUAAGCUGGAUCAUGAAGAAACCGGUACAACAGAAAGCAGCUAUUGAGUGGAAAGAUGGCAAACGGAUCAAGCAUGCUCGCAGUGGUCGCCCCUCUCGUGUCCCAUCACAGUACCAAGGGCAUUUCAGUUGGGAGAAGUACCUAAAAGAGACAGGAGCAAUCGCUGCUCCUUCUCACUGCUUCAGACAGAGCACAACCCCUCCGGUGAAUGAGUUUAAGGCUGGCAUGAAGUUGGAAGCUCAGGAUCCCAGAAACACUACAUCUACCUGCAUCGCUACUGUGGUGGGUCUGACGGGCUCCCGCCUCCGCCUGCGGCUGGACGGUAGCGACAACAAGAAUGAUUUCUGGCGCCUGGUGGACUCCUCAGAAAUCCAGCCCAUUGGGAAUUGUGAGAAGAACGGAGGCAUGCUGCAGCCACCACUUGGGUUUCGUCUGAACGCAUCAUCAUGGCCCAUGUUCUUAUUAAAAACACUCAACGGAGCAGAAAUGGCCCCAGCCCGAAUCUUUCACAAGCAAGAACCACCUGCCCCAGAGCAAAACUGUUUUCAGGUGGGGAUGAAGCUGGAGGCAGUGGACAGGAAGAAUCCUCACUUCAUCUGUCCUGCCACAGUGGGUGCGCUGCGGGGUGUGGAGGUUCUAAUCACCUUCGAUGGCUGGCGGGGCGCUUUUGAUUACUACUGCCGCUACGAUUCCAGAGACAUCUUCCCAGUCGGCUGGUGCGCGCUCACAGGAGACAACCUGCAGCCUCCAGGCACUAAAGUCGGGUUACCAAAGGCACUAGGUGCACUUGGUGCCCUACCAGAGGGUGGCAUAGAGGGGACAGUAAUGCCACCUACACCAGGCAGACCCCCACCCCAGAAGAAACGUAAGCCUGGCCGCAAGAAAACCAAACUGUCUGGGCCCUGGGGUCAGAAAGGAACACUUGGUUCCCAGACAAGCCAGCCUGGAAAGGAACUGGAAUCUAUUAAAAUCCCGAAGAAACGAGGCCCCAAACCAGGGAGCAAGCUAAGCUGGGCCAAGAGGACAGCUUGGCUUGAAGGAACAAUCGGAGGUCCUGGUAGACCUAUCAGCAAACCCAGAGGCAAACUGCCAGCCAACUGGCCCCCGAAAGUGCAGCAGAACCCAACAGAUCCCAUUAAGAUCCCAAAAAAGAGAGGCCCCAAACCCGGCAGCAAGAGAAAACCCCGAUUGGGACCCAACCCUAUGCCCACCUCCCCAAGCAGUAGCACUCCAGAACCAGACACCAGCUCAGUUCCACUGGACAACGCCACCAUUCCCAGCGCUGCCUUACAGGCCCCUACAGUAUGUGUGUACCUGAAUAAGUACGGGAAAGUGGGUCCCCAUCUGGAUGCACGCCGUAUCCAGUCACUGCCAGAUCACUUUGGGCCAGGCCGAGCUUCCUCUGUGCUGCAGCAGUGUGUUCAAGCCUGUGUUGACUGUGCACAUAACCAAAGCUCAGUCUUUUCCUGCCUCAAACCAGGCCAUGGAGGAGAGCUCAUAUCAGCCUAUUUUGAGCAGCAGCACCACACUCUAACACUGCCGGCAGUGAACAGUGUGACGUAUGUGCUGCGCUUUCUGGAGAAACUCUGUCAUAACCUGCACUGCGACCCAUUGUUCGGCAGUCAGCCCGUCCCUGUGGGAGGACUUCACUAUGACAGCCGGACGUACACGGAAAGGAGAAACUUUACAGAAAGUCUGAAUUCUGGACCCGGUCGGGGCACUAAGAGAUUCCUCCAACAUGACGCCUACAACAGCAACUCUGCACCGCACAAAAUAGCUAAAAACCACCGUCUCUCCUCAGAAGAGCCCUUCCUGAUGGAGAAUGGAGUUGGCAGCUCGGAGGUAUUGGAGAAAACACACUUGUCCCCUGGACAUGGCUUGGCAAUGCGUUCCCUUUCUCAAAGUAGCAGCUCUCCAGGGAAACUACAUCGUCUGGGCUCAACAGGUUCAGAGCGUUUUCUGAGCUCGAGGGAAAGCCCGCGAUCCAGUGGACAAGACCCCAACCUGUGGACUGUGGAGGAUGUUAUGCAGUUCAUCAGAGACAUCGACCCUCAGCUCGGACCCCACGCAGACCUCUUCCGCAAACAUGAAAUUGACGGCAAAGCUCUCCUCCUGCUCCGCAGUGACGUCAUGAUGAAAUACAUGGGGCUGAAGUUGGGUCCUGCCCUUAAACUCACCUUCCACAUUGACAGACUGAAACAGGGCCGUUGACCUUUAUAGCACUUGAAUGGGUUUCGACCUUUACCCCUUCCAAGCACAUUUCAAGAUACACGGCAUGCUGGGAUCUUUGUGUCCCCCAGUACUGUAGCAGGUGUCGGCAAGCUUUAAAGCUCCGCCCAUCUUUUUUACCAUUCAUUUUGUUCGAUAGUCCGUUCCUCCAGGUUUUAAUGCAUUCUGUUAUUAAUUAUAGCACUGUUAUAAUCAGUUUUUAUGACUGAUAUCCUUGCGGUUGUUCUCACGUUACACUUACGGUUGUGAUAGUACCGUAUCAGAGCAUUUCACAUGUUCGGACUUGACUGAAGCAGUGAAGUGGAGAGUAUAAAGGCCGUUUUUGGGCCUUGAUUUGUACGACUUACAUGUAAUUGUAUAUUUUUCACCCUACAUCAAUAAGGGUGUUUUGUAUGGCUUUUUUAUACAAGACUGAUUUUCUUCAAUUAACUGCAGAUAAACACUAGACCUCCCCCAUUAUGCUGGAAAUCACUCUGGCCUGACACCACAGAGACCAUUACUCAUCCUCCAUACUUUCUUUAUACACAACACAUUUAGGAAUUAAGAUGCGGUCACAUUAGGCUUAGAGCAUGCAAAAUUACUUGUCAACAUUAUAUGGUCAACAGGAUAUGAUGUCACUCUCUACCAUCUGUUUGAAUCUAUUGUAACUGACAAAUAACAAUGCAUUCAUAACGUUAUAUUAUCUGCUCCACUUUACAGCAACACUGCAGACAAUACAGUGUUAAGGUUAUUAUUCUUUGCAUUGCAUUGGUCCAAAAGGUCAGUGUGUGACAUUUAGGUCCUCCGUUGGUCAGAUGUCUUUUUGUCAUACCAAUUAGCAGUUCAAAGCAAAGCACAAGACUUGCAUUCAUGUGUUCAAAUGCAUAUGACAGGAAGUCUAGUAUGACCGCACUUACUGCUACGUACUGCUAUUAUACACUCUGCCUGUAUUUUAUAUCGUGUUGAUGUUUACAUUGUCUUUGUUGUUUGUACUUUUAUACAAUAUUGUAGAGUGCAUACGUUGACAGCGUUAUACUCUAAGCUUCAAUUAAAAAUAUGGAGCUUU